CAGUAUAUAAAUCGAAUGGUUCGUGAGAAAGAAGCAAGCGAGGAACUGAAUCGCCAAGAGUACAUGCAAAGAAGGAUGGAGACUGUGUUAUCUCUGAAGAACAGCAUCGCUUCAACACGGGAAAAUUUCCGAACCCUCCAAGCCCAGGAUAAAGCCCUUGCGCUGCAAGCCAAAGAACAGGAUCAGAAAAUGAAGGAGGCUUUGCGGGCCGAAGGGCUCAGUGUCACCAGGGAGGUUUUUCUCCAGAAACAACAGGAAGAGUUUGAAAGACAGAAGAAGGAAUUUAUGGAACGGCAGAAAGAGAAGAAAAUUGAAAUUGUAGCUCGGAUUUUGAAAGAAGACGCUCAGCUGGAGAAAGUGAGGAAACAGUCCCGCCCAUGGAAACCAAAAAGGCAGGGGAAGCUUUCUGACUCUAUAAGGUGGCGCAGGAAAACAUGGCGGUAUAUAGAGAACGCAUGUGCUGAGCCAGAUGCAACCGUUACUCAGAAAUCAUGGCGCAUGCCUUCACCUUGUUCUUCCCUUGAUGACCAAAUUGGUGCUCAAGAAGAGUCUCCUUUGAAAGAGAUGGCCCCCGAAAGUAAAGAUGAAAGACAGGAGGAAGAGUCGAGUGAGACCCUGGCCGAGCCAGAGUUUAUGGGUCUUUGGGAUCAAGAGUGUGACAUAUCCAAGGUGCCAGAGGGCCAAACAGAUUCCAAACCUUUGGGCGCAAGUAAAUUGGAAAAGGAAAUCUUUGCUCAAAACUUGGAGAAGCUGCACAGUGGGAUCAUCCGUAAACGUCGAGUCUCCGGGCGUGAAUUUAAGGGCUGCCCUUUCUAUAGCAAGCCGAGCCUUAUUCACUUCAAGGACUUUGAUAUCGGUAAAACCUACAAAAAGAAAAUGAUUUUGAUUAAUGCCUUCUAUAGCAUUAACUACUGCAAGCUGGUGGGAGUCAGUGAACACCUGAAGGAUUUUUUCACUGUUCACUUUGACCCUCCUGGCCCCAUGUCUGCCGGAAUGUCAUGUGAAGCAGGAGUGACCUUUAAACCGAUGAUAAAUGAAGAUCUCGAAGGAGAAGUCACCUUUUUAUCUCAGAUUGGCUCCUUUUCAAUUCCAUUAAAAUGUUCAACUAAGAAAUGUGUGCUGGCACUAGAUAAAGAGCUCAUUGACUUUGGCACUCAUGUGGUGGGAGAGACAAUUUCACGGACCAUCACCUUGACGAACUGUGGGGCCUUGGCAACACGCUUCCAACUUCGCAGAUCAGCCCGGUCAGAUGCUGCGCACGCUGUGACAUCGCCGCCUUCCUUCGAGAGAACGGUCUGUGCCUGUUUGGAAGACAAAAUCUCUAGUGAGAAAGGCAGCAGCACUGAUAUACCUGAGUCUGUCGCUGAGAAAGAAACCAUUUCUUUUCUCCGUUCUGAGGAAGUUAUCCAGCAUAUCAAUUCUGUCCGCGAGAGAUCACAAAUAGAUGUCAACUCAGCUGCUGCCAGAACAAUCAGUCAAGUGUUUUCUGUGGUAGAAGUAACGAAACAAAAUACACUGUCUUCUCUGGACAUAAGCCCUCUGGAACAGCAACCCCGGGAAGAACCAGCUGAAAUCACAUUGGGCAAGGUUACAGAAGGCGAUAUCGGACCCUUCAGCUCUGUCAAACUUCAGGUUAUUUUCACUCCAGCAGUUCCUGGGGACGUUCGUGCUGAAUUUGAGAUUAUCUUUGACAACCCGGACUGCAAUCCAUUGUGCUUCAGUGCCGUUGCUGUUUCUGUGGCUGUGCCAGUGUGGGUGCCCAAUCCAGAUGUCGACCUCAAAAUCUGUAUGUAUGACAGGCUGUAUCAGGACUGCAUCGUCAUUCAAAGUAGGGCGACAUCCGCGCUGCGCUUGAAGUUUGAAGUUUGCAAGCAAUUGGCCAACCACAUGGAACUGCUUCCAAAGACAGGCUACAUUCAAGCCCAGUCAUCCUUCAGCGUGCAGCUGAAGUUCCUGCCAAGGAAAUCUCUUCCUCAAGAUGCUGGAAAGUACUUUGAUGAGCAGACCAGAGUCUUGGAAGCCCCAAUGACUAUAGUAGUUUCAGAUCAGAGCAAACCAGUUGAAUUUACUGUCCAUGCAAUCAUCACUACCUCAGAUUUGGAGAUCAACCCAACAGAAGUGGAUUUUGGCUACUGCUCCAUCUAUGAGGCAGUGCAGUCCACAAUCACACUCACAAACAAAGCUAUUCUUCCCCAAGAGUUUGGCUUUGUAGGACUCUCAGAGUUUGUAGAAAUUCAGCCAAAUGAUGGAUUUGGAACUCUGCUUCCCCUGGAAAGUUUGAACCUGGACAUAAUCUUCAAAGCCAAGAAAGCAAAAGAAUACAGCUUUGAGCUGACCUGCAAGUCUGAGAUCAAUAGACAAUUCAAGCUGUCAUGCAAAGCCAUUGGAGUCCACCCUCCUCUGGAGCUCUCUCAUUCCUUGGUUCAUUUUUCUGCCACCGCUCUCAACGACGUGUCGACAGCUACACUCUUUGUGAUAAACAACCAUGUCAGCCUCAAUCAGUUCACUCACGCUGUCCCAAGGAUUGGCAAGGGAGACGUUGCCCCCGUUGGGCCCACUUCUUUCCAGUUUGUCAUCCCAGAAGACUCUCCCAUCACAAUCAUACCCUGUGUUGGAACUGUUCUACCUGGGAAGAAGUGCUUGGUGGAAGUGUCCUUCCGCCCGGUAUUGAGUGAACAGCUGAUCAGACAGGAGGCGGUUGAAAUGGUGCGCCAGGCUGCUGAAGCAAAGGUGCUGCUGGAGAAGAAGGCCCGGGAGUUGGAACUGCAGAGGAAGAAAGAAGAGGCCUUGGCUGGACGGAAGAGACUGGGAAGUGGCUCUUUCCUUGGCCAGUUCUCGAGGGACAAAUACAGCAAACAAACUCUGAAGGUGUUUGAGCCUCCUGAUCCAGAAAACAUUCUUCCAAGUUCGGAAGAAUAUAUUACAGCUAAAACUAACCUGAUUCGGAAUUUCACGGAACGAUUUGAAAGAUAUGUUGUACCCUGCCUGGUUGCAAGUGGUGCCAUAGAUGAGAAGAAAGGACCUGAAAACUUGCACUACAGUCCGUACAACACCUUGUACUUAGAGCUGCAUUGCCCUGCAGUGGCACCCUCUCUCUUGUUGAUUUCGAACAGUGGGAAAAGCAUUAUCAACUUUGGCACAGUUGCAGUCGGGCACAGAAUUACAAAAGAAAUCAAGAUACAGAACAUAUCCCAGGAACAACUACGCCUGGGAUAUUCCCUCUUGAAUCCCUUUGGUCCCUUCUGGAUGUUGAAUCCCAUUGGUACACUUGACAAUGAAGAAUCCCAAGACCUCAUCAUCUCAUUCUGUCCAGAAGAAAGCAGAAAGUUCUUUGAAAUAUUGGACAUUCGAGGCGAGAAAACAACCCUCACCCUCGGUUUGACAGGCGAGGCCGUGAUCCCUUCAAUCAUUUGCUCGAUAGAAGGAGAUGUGUUCAACGUGGGCUACGUCAUCGCCAAAGAAACGGCCAGUUCCACCUUCAAGAUAGAGAAUAAGUCUGUAAUAGACGUGAAAUUCUCCAUCCUUCUCGAAUCGCUCUCGCCGAACAGAGACAAGGAGCAGCAGAAGCUUCCACCUUUCCUCACAGGCAAAACAGGUUUAGUUGGUACACAGAACCACAGCGGCUUGAGCGUGUUCAGUGUCUCCCCAGUCGAAGGCAUCAUUAGCACCGGGAAGACCCAGGAGUUCACCAUCACCUUCAGCCCUGACCACGAGAGCCUGUACUAUUCUGACUGCCUGCAGGUUAUGGUCUUCGACAAGGAAGUCAUCCGCGUCAUCCAGUUGAAAGGGGCCGCAAGGAACCACAUGAUGUUUCUGGAAGGAGGUGAUCCACUGGAUGUGCCCGUAGAGUCAUUGGCUGUGACAACGUCUAUGGCGGAAGAAGCAGCCAGAGCAGAAAGCGAUAAGCUCACAAAGCCCAUCCUUCUGAGGCUGGAGCGCGUGCAGUCCAAGACCUUGGUUAUCCCGGCCGUCAGGGAGCUGAAAGUGGGCGGGAUACGGACUGCCCUGUUCCCAUCGAAGAAGAAUAUAGAAUUCAGUUGGGAAAGCCUGUCACUUCUGCAGAUGAAAGGAUUCACCGUUGACCCUGUGAAAGGAACAGUCGAUCGCGGGCAGACCAAAGCCAUUACUGUUUCUUGGGUGCCCCCUGCUGGCUCAGAUCCCGACCUGCUUGUGACUGGGACGGCCAUGCUGACUCUGAAAGGGGACAUUAAAGAAGUUUACAACGUCCACUUCAUGGGCAGGAUUGUGACCAAGGGAGUCCCCAGCCACUAAGAAGACUCUUUACAUGGAGAUACAUGGCUGAUCGCCAGAAAGUUGGAAUCGCAGAUGUUUUUUCAGUGCGGAGGGAGCCAGGUUCCAGGCAAUUAUACAGAUUUUUUAAUGGUAAUUUGCAAAACGGGGUCCUCGAAGGUGCAGUGUGAAGCAACACAAAUAGCAUCUUUUGUUGUUGUCUCUGCUGGAGAUUCCAUAAGAGGAAAUCAUUUAAGACUAAUGUUGGCUUCCAGGGACGACAGGCUGUUGAGACUCCACGUUCCAAUAUACCCUUCCCUUAGGUUCAAGGCUGGGCUGUUUUUCCUAAAUAUGGUGGUCCACCUCUAGGACAAGCUGGGGUUGAGAGAGUGGAUUCAAAUCUGGGAAGUCUGCCAUUGCAGAGUGGAAAAUAAAAUGCAGUGUUCUACACAACGAAUGGAUUGAACCCACAACCACGCACCCAGU